UUGUAGAAGCUCACAGGGCGGUUGUCGGUGCCCAGUCGGCCGGCAGUGUUGGAGCAGUUCGGAGCCCAGCAGUACUUGGGCAUGGCUGUGCAGCCCCGUUGAAUUUUGUCCGGUCUGCAGCCACACUUUGGUUGUCUCCAGGAGCCACCGAACCUGCCCCGCCCGCGCGAUGUCCUCCUGCUUCCUGUGAGGACCGUGGUGCCUCAUCACGUGUCGCGGGAGGGUCGAGAGCGCCUGCGUACUACCCGCUCUGCCGCCUCACCACAUCUACGCCCUGGUCACGUGGUGAGUGGGGGAAAACGAAUACGCCUUAUUCUAGCUUUCUGGACUUUAUCACAGGUUUGGGGAGAGGUGGCGUCACAGCGUUCCUGAGCCUGCGCCAACUCGUCAGUCUCUUUCUGCUCCACCUUACAUUUACAUCCGGGAGACUGCCACUGCGCGGAUAGUUACCCUGGGGCUGCAGCAAAAAGCGAGAUGAGGCGGCUUUGGUCUUAGUCACGUUAAGGUUAAAACCAGUAUGUUUCAGUGAAUGAUGCAAACAGAUUGGAUAAAAAAACGCUACCAUGCUUAAUCAAGGCUAACUGGCUCCUCCCCGCCAGACACGCCUUUCCGACUCUUAGCCCUCAUUGGUCAAAAGCGCCUCCCGGCAGCUCUGAGAUUGGCCAGACCGGCGGCUACCGCAUCCAAUGGGCGGAAGCGCCGGUUUUCCCGCGGCUGUUCGUUAUUUGAGUAGGUGUUGGCAGCGGUAGUGGAGGAGUAACGGUCGCCGGUUCCGGCGCGACGAUGGCGGCCUUGGGGCCCGGGAACUACGCGCGGAACGAUGAAGUCGAGAAGCUGCCAUCCGUCAUGGCGGGAGUUCCAGCGCGGAGGGGCCAGUCCUCCCCGCCUCCCGCUCCAGCGCUCUGCCUCCGGCGGCGGACGCGACUCCCGGCGGCUACCGAAGACACGGUGCAGAACCGGGUGUCACUGGAGAAGGUGCUCGGCAUCACAGCCCAGAACAGCAGUGGCCUAACCUGUGACCCCAGCACAGGCCAUGUGGCCUACCUAGCAGGCUGUGUGGUGGUGAUUUUGGACCCCAAGGAGAACAAGCAGCAGCACAUUUUAAACACUGCCAGGAAGUCUCUGAGUGCUCUGGCCUUCUCCCCUGAUGGGAAGUACAUAGUGACGGGAGAGAACGGGCACAGACCUGCUGUGCGCAUCUGGGAUGUGGAUGAGAAGAGUCAGGUGGCAGAGAUGUUGGGCCACAAGUACGGCGUAGCCUGCGUGGCCUUCUCUCCCAAUAUGAAGCACAUUGUGUCCAUGGGCUACCAGCACGACAUGGUACUCAACGUCUGGGACUGGAAGAAAGAUGUUGUGGUGGCCUCCAACAAGGUAUCAUGCAGGGUCAUCGCCCUCUCUUUCUCAGAGGACAGCAGCUAUUUUGUCACAGUUGGGAACCGGCAUGUGAGGUUCUGGUUCUUGGAAGUCUCCACUGAAACAAAGGUGACGGGCACGGUGCCCCUCAUAGGGCGCUCAGGCAUCCUAGGUGAGCUGCACAACAAUGUCUUCUGUGGUGUGGCUUGUGGCCGGGGCCAGAUCGCAGGCAGUACCUUCUGUGUGUCCUACUCGGGCCUCCUCUGCCAGUUCAACGAGAAGAGGGUGCUGGAGAAGUGGAUCAACCUGAAGGUCUCCCUGUCUUCCUGCCUCUGUGUCAGCCAGGAGCUCAUCUUCUGCGGCUGCACAGAUGGAAUAGUUCGCAUCUUCCAGGCCCACAACCUGCACUACCUCGCCAACCUGCCCAAGCCACACUACCUCGGAGUGGAUGUGGCCCAGGGCCUGGACUCCAGCUUCCUCUUCUGCAGCAAGGCAGAAGCAGUCUACCCGGAUACAGUGGCUCUGACCUUCGAUCCCACUCACCAGUGGCUGUCCUGCGUGUAUAAGGACCACAGCAUCUAUAUCUGGGAUGUCAAAGACAUCAACCAAGUAGGCAAGUUGUGGUCGGAGCUCUUCCACAGCUCCUACGUCUGGAACGUGGAGGUAUAUCCUGAGUUUGAAGAUCAGAGAGCUUGUCUGCCAUCAGGAUCUUUUCUGACUUGUUCUUCAGACAACACCAUUCGCUUCUGGAAUGUGGACAGCAGCCUUGACUCUCCCUGGCAGAAAAACAUCUUCAGUAAUACCCUGCUGAAGGUAGUAUAUGUAGAGAACGACAUCCAGCAUCUGCAGGACAUGUCCCACUUCCCAGAUCGGAGGAGCGAGAACGGGAUGCCUAUGGAUAUGAAAGCUGGGGUGCGAGUCAUGCAGGUCAGUCCUGAUGGCCAGCACUUGGCUUCAGGCGACCGGAGUGGAAAUCUGAGGAUCCAUGAGCUGCACUUCAUGGAUGAGCUGGUCAAGAUGGAGGCCCACGAUGCUGAGGUGCUAUGCCUAGAGUACUCCAAGCCUGAGACAGGGUUGACCUUGCUCGCCUCGGCCAGUCGGGACCGACUGAUCCAUGUACUGAACGUGGAGAAGAACUACAACCUGGAGCAGACCCUGGACGACCACUCCUCUUCCAUCACGGCCAUCAAGUUUGCAGGCAACAGAGACAUCCAGAUGAUCAGCUGUGGGGCUGACAAGAGCAUCUACUUUCGCAGUGCCCAGCAGGCCUCGGAUGGGCUUCACUUUGUCCGUACCCACCAUGUGGCAGAGAAGACCACCUUGUAUGACAUGGACAUUGACAUCACCCAGAAGUAUGUUGCCGUGGCCUGUCAGGACCGCAAUGUGAGAGUCUACAACACCAUGAAUGGGAAGCAGAAGAAGUGCUACAAGGGCUCCCAGGGUGAUGAAGGAUCCCUGCUGAAGGUGAGGAGCCGGGGCCCCCAGGGUGAAAACUACACACAGACCCCAUGCACAAGCCUCCCUGGUCCAAUGACUUUCAUAGUCACUAUUCCUCCCCCUCGCACAUCUCUCUUUGGCCUCUGCAGCUGCGUGUUCAUCUGGCACCUGGGCCCGGAGAUCACCAACUGCAUGAAGCAGCACUUGCUGGAAAUUGACCACCGGGAGCAGCAGCAGCGGAGCACGCAGGACGGGAAGUGGAGCAGCCACCCCAGGCAGGAGACAUAUGCACCCAUACCCAGAGAGGUUUGCUCCCUAAGCCCUGGAGAGCAGACAGAGGAUGAGCUGGAGGACGAAUGCCAACCUGAAGAGUUGCUGAAGACACCAUCCAAAGAGAGCUUGGAUCCAGCAAGGUUCGCUCCUGCCAGCCCCCUUUGCCUUUCUCCAGAGUGCCCAGGAACCACGGAAGAGUUGACCCGGCCUGAGGUGUCAGGCGUAUCCAACGGCUCCCUGCCCCAGACCCCUGAGCAAGAAAAGUUCCUCCGCCACCACUUUGAGACGCUUACUGAGGCCCACCCUGAGGAGCUCUUCCACAGAUCCCUAAGGGACGCGACGGCCUCUGAGGACGAGGACUUUUUAAAUCCCCGGCUGAGCAUUUCAGCCCAGUUUCUCUCACGCCUCCAGAAGACAUCCAGGCUCACCCAUACCUUCCCUCCCCGGCUGCCCCUGCAUCUCGUGAAGUCCCCGGAGGUCACACUCACAGACCUCGGGGGGAGCCAGCCCAAAGCAGAGACCCUGAGAGCAGGUACUGGCUACGCCUCCCCAGGCAAGACCAACGUUCCCUCCGGGGAGAAGGCUCAGGAGCCCCUUGACACCCUAGAGGCCUGGUGCCCACGGACCCCCUGCCUCACACGCCUGGCAUCCUGUGUCCCCUCCUCAGUGCUGUCAACAGACAGGAAGCCUCUGACACCCACAGCCCUACCCACUCCAGGCCUGGCUCAGGGUGUUCACACCCCCUCUACCUGCUCCUACAUGGAGGCCACUGCCAGCUCUCAUGCCAAGAUGUCACACAGCAUCUCCUUUGAGGACGGCGAGGACCUUGUCCUGGCUGAGCUGACCAGGCCCCUCCAUAGGCCCUCAUCCAUGGGGGAGCUGGCUUCCAGGGGCCCUGAGCUCCAGGCCAUCACCACUAUGGGAGCACCAAAUUCUGACCGCGAGGGCCACGAGCCUGCCCAGCCCUCCCGGGGCAACCAUGAAGCCCGGGCCAGCCUCAAACUGAACCUGUCGAGCGUCUAUGAUAGGGUCUUGCUGCCCCCANCCCACUACUUUGUUUUCUGUCUAGGAGACGACGAUGUGGCAGAUGGCUCAGCCUUCCACACCAAGCACAGCUACCAGCCACAUGGCCGCUGGGCAGAGCGGGCCGACCAGGAGCCCCUCAAGACCAUCCUGGAUGCCCGCAACCUGGAUUGCUACUUUACCCCCAUGAAGCCCGACAGCCUGGAGGACUCCAUUCUGGAUACAGUGGAGCCACAGAACCUGGUGGGCCUGCUGACUUUAAACAGGAUGAUGAGAAAAGGCAUCAGAGACAAGGUGGCGUUUGAACAAACACCUGCAGGCAGGGAGGGAAGGGAGCCUUGGAGAAUGAAGGAAGUGUUCCUGGCAGAGGGACAACAGUUGGGAUCAGCCCAGCCACCCUGGCCUCUCUUAGACCAGAUAGAAAGUAGAGGCGUCUUUCUCAUUCCCUUCCCUCUACCCCCAGUUGCACUCACUCAGGUCCGGGGCAGCCCUGGACACUGGGGGGAGCCCAGGGGGCCAGCCAGGCGCCUGUCCCCAGCUCCCCUUGAGUUGAGCAGUGUGGAGACCGUCGUGUACAAACUGCAGACUGCCUUCCAAGAAGCCCUGGACCUUUACCACCUGAUGGUCUCUAGUGACCAGGUGAGCACCGAGCAGCAGCAGGCAAGGACUGAGCUGGCCUCUACCUUCCUUUGGAUCCACAACCAGUUAGAGGCCCGUGACUGGCUGGCUGGGACUCAUGUGGGCCCCGCCCAGGCCCUACCCAGCCCAGGUCCCCCCUCCCCACCUACAUUGUGCCCCUUGGCCAGUCCAGAUUUGCACGCCCUGCUGGAACACUACUCGGAGCUGCUGGUACAGGCUGUGCGGAGGAAGGCACGGGUCUACUGAGGCCCAGCAGCCCUGCUGUUUUCUCACGAAAUAGGUAUUUUAAACAAAUAAACUGACAGCUUAGAGGAAUGGUUCCUGGUGCCUAUCCUGGCACAUCCACAGAGCCCCCUGUAGGUAGAUGCAGGGAGGAAGAGAGGGAGGGAAGGAGGGAGAGGGGGGGGGAUGGAGAGAGAGUGGAGAGCAGUGCUCUCUGGUGGUCCAGCCCCGGGAAUGCUCGGAGGCCCAGGUGCCAGGCCCUGUUCUCAGGCUCCAUCAAUGGGAACAUGGGACCAAUGUUCCCAAGAAGCUUGGGAACCGCAGUAAUGAUGACCCCAGCACCUGGCUCCCAUGUCACUUAUCCCCAGCCCGCUCAGCUGCUGAGGGAUCACAUGUGGUCCUUGCCCAGUGGGGCCCAGCUGUACCCAAGGAAGAGGCCACCCCUUCUUUCCUGCCCAAGAACCCACUGGAGCUGCUGCAAUCACCAUGUGCCAGACCCUGGCCACCAGCACACAUUGCCAUUCCACUGGCCCCUGGGCCAGGCCCAGGUUGGAUCCUAUGAAGUCCAGUCUUUUGUCCCCAUCUGCAGCAGGGGAAAUUCCAGAGAGACAAACAGGCUCAUCCACUAGACAAUCUGGGCAGCAUGCCCCGGCCACCCAGCAGUUCCUUCCCCAACAGGAGGACUGUGUCCGACUCCACAUCCCCUGAGCGCCCAGCUUCCCCAGGCAGCAGGCAUGUCCCAUCACAUGGACUGCUGUGGCCUGAAGCCCCACUUCCCUGUGAGUUCCUCCCUGCUCACAGCCCACCAGAAACAGGCUUGGAGAGACCCAGUGCCCAAGGUCCCACUGAGCUGAGACUCAAACCUAGACUCGCCUGGUGGCAGAGCCGGACCCUUCAACUUGAGGACAUGGCCCUCUGCUGCCUCCACAAACAUUGACACAUCAGAACCAAUCAUUCCCACAGGCACCCCAGUGCCUGUCACUGUUCCACACAUGAGGGGUUGAGUGAGGAACAGGACAAGCAAAGUGUCUGCCCUUGUGGCAUUCACCUUCUAGAGAGCAAAACAUACAGAAAUUAAAACAAUACCUAUAGGUAAGCUGAGGGAAUUCACUGUGCUGGUGGAAGGGUCAGAGAAGCCCUUUCUCAGGUGACAUUUGAGCUGAGGCUUGAUAGAGAGUACAGGCCAUGUGGACAUCUCGGGCAAGUAUCCAGGCAGAUGGAACAGCAAAGGCCCCAGGGGGGUCAAAUGUACAUGGAAGGCAUAGCAGCAAAGCCAGGCUGGCUAGAGUGGAGUCAGCUAGGGGAGAGGCAGUGGGAGGAAAAAUGGGGUUCCACUGGGAAGGGCCUUGCUGCUUCGUGACAUUUAAAACCAAGAAACAUGCACAACACAAUUUUCUCCCCUAAAUUAAAAUCCCUGAUCUUGGAGUUUGGGGAGGGGCCCAGUCUUGUUUAUUUUCCAAGCUCUCUUUCCCUGCCCCAGUGGGCCCAGGUGGUCCAGGAGGCAUAGGUUGGCUCUACCUCUGCCAAGAGGCUCCCUGCCCAGGUUCAUAGGCCACCCCUGAAAGACGGGAGACCCACUCUCCCUUCCUCUGCCUAGCUUGGCCACAGUUGCCUAAGAUUUCUGAACAAGGUUUGGCAUGCAGGCCCCUGGACACCCAGGGAACCAUCUUGAGGCUCUGUCCCUGGAGGAAUUUACCCCUCAUCCUACCCUGUAUUAUAGUUAAGCCUUCAACUCCAAGUAGCAGACACCUAGCUUACGGGGGCCCAUGCUGUAGGGACAUUUGUUACUCUAUCACCCUCCAUGAGUGAGUUUCACCCUCCAGCUUAGGCCCUCACAAUUGCAACAUGGCUGCCAUAACACUCAGCAGUAUGCCCCUACCAACCAGUAGCAAAGCUAAAAAGCAGGGCAGCGGCCUGGGUAGUGGGGAAAACGCAAAGCCUUCCUAGAUGCCUGCCUCCAGAGUAGUUACAGGCAGUAGGAAUGGUGAUUGCUUUGAUUUGCUUGAACCAGCCAUCUUUCCUGCCCUGAACAUGUUUCUGCUCAAACAAAAGGGGGUCUCUCAGCACAAAAGGAGGGUGAACUGGUAGUUCAGGAGAAUCCAAUGUGUCUCCCACUUUCCACUUAAGGAAGGACCAGGUUUUCCUUGGACAAACCAGCUGGUUAAGAAACCACUGUUGGGCUGGCCGAGUUGCGCAUUGGUUAGGAGUUGGCUUGGGAUGCCAGCCCUGAGCAUCAGGCCUCUGGU